AUGUCGUUGUCAAAUGCAACUCUAAAUAUAGUUAUAUCAUUGAAUAAUACAACUACUUUUAUCAAUCGUUAUAUUCCUAUUUUUAUCUAUAUAUUUGGUACAAUUGGUAAUCUUCUCAAUGUUCUUGUCUUAAGUCAACGAACUCUUCGUUCACAUCCAUCUUCUAUUUUCUUUCUUUUCUCAUCAAUUGCUGGUCUUCUUGUUAUUUUUAGUGGUCUCACAGGUCAAAUGUUGUCUAGCUAUGAAGUUGAUCUAACUUCGACUGUUGGAUGGAUUUGUAAACUUCGAAGUGUUGUCCUAUAUAGUUCAAGAACAAUGGUCCUAUGGUUAAUCGUUUUAGCAAGUAUUGAUCGAUGGUUAUCAUCCAGUUUAGUUAUAAGAUUACGACAAAUAACUACUAUGAACAAUGCUUGGCGAAGUAUAUUUGUUAUUCUUCUUUAUACAUGUCUUAUCAAUGCUCCAAUAGUCUAUUGCUUUGAAGCCAAUCAAACUGAACCACCACGUCCAUGUUAUGCUUCAACAUAUAUGUGCCGUCUGAUCACCAGUCUAUUUUAUACAUUUGGUACCACACUAUUACCACUGUUAUUGAUGAUAAUUUUUGGAUUGAUGACGAUUAAAAAUGUACAUCACGCGCGAAUUCGUGUACAAAUAGCGUGUAGUUUAGACUCGAAUCAUGUGAAUAUGAGAACAGCAGCAGCUAGACACGGACUAUCACAUUUAAAAAAAUUAGAUCAAAAUUUAGUUAAAAUGCUUCUUGUACAAGUUUGUCUACUAUUUUUAUUUACAUUUCCUCAUGCCAUUCAAAGAUUGUAUUUAAUAUUUGCACCAAAUCCACCACCACAAUCAUUACAAGAUGCAAUUCAAAACUUAAUCUUUAAUUUGUUUAUCCUUCUCACAUUUGUAGCCAGCGGAAUGCCAUUUUAUAUUUAUACAUUAAGUGGUGGUACUAUAUUUCGAAAUACACUUUUUCAUGUUUUGAAAACAAUCGUCAGCAAAGUUCUAUGCUAA